AUGGGGGCGGCGGAGCCGCUGCGCUCGGUGCUGUGGGUGAAGCGGCAGCGCUGCGCCGUGAGCCUGGACCCCGCGCGGGCGCUGCUGCGCUGGUGGCGGAGUCCGGGGCCCGGAGCCGGCGCCCCCGGCGCGGAUGCGUGCUCUCUGCCUAUUUCUGAGAUUAUCACCGUGGAAGAAACAGACACUCAUGGGAAACGCUCCAGCAGUGGAAAAUGGCAGAAGAUGGAAAAGCCCUUCGCUUUCACAGUGCACUGUGUGAAGCGAGCCCGCCGCCACCGCUGGAAGUGGGCGCAGGUCACUUUCUGCUGUGCCGAGGAGCCGCUGUGUCACCUGUGGCUGCACGCCCUCCAGGAGCUGCUGGGGAAGCUCACAUCGAGACCAAAGCAUUUACUGGUGUUUAUCAAUCCGUUCGGAGGGAAAGGACAAGGCAAGCGGAUCUAUGAGAGGAAAGUGGCACCAUUGUUUACCUUAGCCUCCAUCACCACCGAAAUAGUUGUUACUGAACGUGCAAACCAGGCCAAGGAGAGUUUAUAUGAGAUCAACAUAGACAAAUACGAUGGAAUCGUCUGCGUCGGUGGAGACGGCAUGUUCAGCGAGGUCUUGCACGGCCUGAUCGGAAGGACGCAGCAGAACGCCGGCGUGGACCAGAACCAGCCCAGGGCAGCGCUGGUGCCCAGCCCGCUCAGGAUUGGCAUCAUCCCUGCGGGGUCAACAGACUGUGUGUGUUUUUCGACGGUGGGCACAAACGAUGCAGAGACGUCCGCUCUGCACAUCAUCGUGGGGGACUCGUUGCCCAUGGACGUGUCCUCCGUGCAUCACAACAGCACGCUGCUGCGAUACUCCGUGUCCCUGCUGGGGUACGGCUUCUACGGGGACAUCAUCAAGGACAGCGAGAAGAAGCGGUGGAUGGGUCUCAUCAGAUAUGACUUCUCAGGUUUGAAGACCUUUCUCUCCCAUCACUGCUACGAGGGGACGGUGUCUUUCCUGCCAGCACGGCACACGGUGGGGUCUCCGAGGGACAGGAAGCCCUGCCGGGCAGGAUGCUUUGUGUGCAGACAGAGCAAGCAGCAGCUGGAGGAGGAGCAGAAGAAGUCGUUGUACGGCUUAGCGAACACGGAGGAGGUGGAAGAGUGGAAGGUGGUCUGCGGGAAGUUCCUGGCCAUCAACGCCACCAACAUGUCCUGUGCUUGUCCCCGGAGCCCCCGGGGCCUCUCCCCGGCCGCCCACUUGGGGGACGGGUCUUCCGACCUCAUCCUUAUCCGGAAAUGCUCCCGUUUCAACUUUCUGAGGUUUCUCGUCAGGCACACCAACCAGUACGACCAGUUUGACUUCGCUUUCGUGGAAGUUUAUCGGGUCAGGAAAUUCCAGUUUCUGUCGAAGCAGCCGGAGGACGAGGAAGGCGGCCUCAGGGAGCGGGGGAAGACGCGGUUCGGGCCCAUGUGCAGCGACACGCCCCCCUGCUGCGGCACCGCGUCCAACAGCUCCUGGAACUGCGACGGGGAGGUCCUGAGCAGCUCCUCCAUCGAGGUCAGGGUCCACUGCCAGCUCGUUCGCCUCUUUGCACGGGGCAUCGAGGAGGGUCCUAAGGAAGAACCGGACAGCUGAGCCGCCCUCGCGCAUCACCUGCCUUGCUGUGCUUGGGAAGCGUGAACAUUAUUUAAGAAAAUUUCUGCAGGACAAUUACAUUGAUAUAUACAUUUAAAUUUAGAAAUUUAUUUUUGAUAGUUAGAUCUUGAUUUUAGACAGAAUAUCUUUGUCAACAAUUUCGUGAACAUACCUGGCAUUUUCAGCUCUUUGUGAACCUGUGGGUUGCGUUUCACAUAACUUAGUCUCAGCAAACGGCACUUGUCGGUUUGGGGUCGCUGCCUUCUUAGAUUUUAUGCCAACGGCGCAGUUUUGAAGGGCCCAUCUGUGGCUCUACCGCAGUCAUUUUAGGGACAGUGGAUGUGAGGUCACAGCGUCUGGACAGGAGGUAUCUAGCAGCUCACUGAUCCACUUUGCAGGACUUACGCGAAGGUUUGUGAUCAGGUUUUGGAAAAUAUUGGAUUGCCUUCAAGUUAUCUUCACCUUAACUUGUGCUUGGAACGCGCUUACUGGAUCCGGCGCAUCCUGGGCGGCUUCGGUGACCUCGGAGCGGGACCAUUUUAGGGAGAAGGACACUACUGACAGGAGGGACGCUGUUUCUUUCAAAUCCCCCCAGCCCUUGCUUUCAUCGUGCUAGUGCUUCUGGGACAAUCCAGCUGGUAGCAAGAACAAUCAUGAGCUCUGGACCUGGCACCUAUUUUAAAUGUAGAGUACUGAUGCUUCGUAGCGACCCAGUGGGUAACAGGUGGGCUUCGUGGGGAAGCGGAAGGAAGCGGGUGUGCAGGAGGUACAAAUUCACUUCGUGAAUUCUGUGUUCACUUCAAACCCGAGUGCCCGAGCCCCGUUGGGGGUGGGGGUCCCGAGUUCCUGGGGCCCCUUGGGUGCAGGCCCCAAGUUUACAUACGUGGUCCAGACUUGUGCUUUUCUUCACACUUGAUUCUAUAUAUUUAUUGAAAAUGAUGUCCUUUUCAACCCGAAGACUGUACAUAGUGUCUCCGUGGUUAGUGCCGUAGAUGUCUGCUGAUGUGCUGGAGCCGCAGUGGCCAGGGGGUUCCCUGUAGCUGUGACCCCCGAUCCCUGGGGCGGCCCUCGUCUGCGCUCUGGCCUCAUUUUCUUUGUACUCACACUUAGGUAUACGGAAGAUGCAUCGAAAAUAGCUCUAUUUUAAACACAAGCUGCAGCCUGAACUCUGGUUUGCAGAGACAGGAAGCCUGACUGUUACAGGUCAUUUACACGCCGUUGUGCGAGGAGCAGCUGGUCCUGUUGGCAUCAACAGGCAUCAUACAUUUUUAGAAUUCACUUGCAGCGUUUGUAUUUUGAAGUAUACAUGAAAUCUCCUAUUUUAUCAUUCAGUCCCAUCCAGGUCAGACAAAAGGGCAGCUUUAACAGUGGUUUUUUUCAAUAGACCAUAUUAUCAAGUAGUUGUACACACGGCAGGGUCUGCUAAGUCGUGGGUGGUGCAGAGUCUGGGUACGGAAAGUAAAGCUACACUGGCCGUUUGUGAGUCUCGGUGCUCGCUGCUGGUUGGAAGAAACCAAAGAAGGACGGGCGGCUCCGUGCGGGAGCAGCGGCCGCACAUCAGGGCCCGGCCGGCCAGAGCCGCGCUGUGGAAUGUGCUCCUUCGCAAGGUUCCCCAAAACAGUACUGGUCUGUCCUAAAACCCACUGCCAAUUUUAGAAAAACAGUUCAGGCCACGGUAAGCAUUCUCUGUUCCCCGAGAGAGCCGGCCCCGGCCUGGGCUUCCCGCACGGCUGCCCGACGUCCAGAACCGCAGGCCUUGGGGCUCUUCUCAGGGCACGUGUGAUCGUCGGAACCCCCGAGAGCUCGAUCCGCACACAGGACACGAGGACCGUUCGGACAUUCCCACCUGGGCGAGAGGCGCGGAUCUGCAGGAAGGCCCCACAACACCUGGGCUCCAGGGGCUUGGGGGGGGGGGGGAACGGAACUGAUGGUGGGUUAGUGAAAACUUAGGCUCAUUUAGAAGGUUAGUCUGUGUUUUAACAUCCUUAUUGUGACUUAUUGGUGCAAAAACACCAUGGCAGCCAUUACGCUCUGACUCUAUUCCUGCUUAAUUCCUCACCAAGUGAGCACCUGGCGCGCGGUGCCUUGCGGCUCGCUGGCGGGCGCUGCGACUGUUCUGGUACAAUCCUGUGUAACCGGCAAGUACGGACUGAAAGGGUGGCUUCAUUUUCUUGUAAUCUUGCUGGUUUCAAGAUUGGAAAAUGGCAUAUUUGCUCUGAUUUGUUUGGGAAGACAAAAAUAAAGUUACUUUGGGCAGAGUUUCUUUUUC